UAUUAUUCUUUGGAAGUACAGGCCAUCUUUUUGGUGCACAUUCGUACUUUGAAAAGUUAAAAAGAGCGACGCCAUUCAGGAAAAUGCAUUUGGCAGCCAUACUCUUUGCGGUCGCCAUCUUGUGUCCCACUGCGAUGGGGUGGACAGUGAAGAAUCUCGGUCAUAUCGACAUCCCUUUCGCAGCUUUCACUUCAAUCAUCCCUGAUCCGACCACGGGAAUGGACACGGUGACGAUCAGCACCUUCAAUCCUAUCCCUAGGACGACAGAUGACAUCUUCAUCAUUCGUGACGUCAGAGCUCAGCUGGCCCUUAGAGGAGCCGACGCCUUGGAGACGGAGGUGCUGGCGAAUGGGAUGUUAUGGCCUAAUGAGGUGGAAGAAAUACCAGAUGAUGUGUUUGGUCGGCAUGGUUUAUGGUGGGUGGCUAAUGGCUUCUUAGUCCCAACCAAAACCGAUGGAAAUAUUGAGAUCAUCGAGGCAGGCAAUGACACCUCAUUGGGACCAGCAACAACCUAUGACAUCACAUCUCGACUCCUCGAUACUUCAAGAUGGUUCUAUCAUCGAGUCGUGUUUGUCGACAUGGAUCAGGAUGGACUCAAGGACGCCCUCACAUGUCGGGCCUACGUCCCAGUCGUUGGAGACGUGAAGGCAGAGAUGGUUUGGUUUAAGCAUCCUCGGAUUGGUGAUCCCCUCUCAGCGACAUGGAAGGAGAACAUCAUGUUCACAGGACCCGAUGCAUUCUUUAGAUAUGAAGAGUUACCAGUCCCAGGGUCGAUCCGCUCCGAGAAACGGUUCUCCAUUUUUAGCACGCAGUAUUUCGCAGAGAAACUUGUAGUCUCGUGGACUGAAGGGGUUCGAGCAGACUGGGGUAAGAUUAAACACAGAGUGAUUGAUGCCGUGCCCGAGGAGAGGUUCUUUGAGUGUGAGAUUGUCGAUUUGAAUGGUGAUGGGAGGCUGGAUCUUCUGGUGACUGCAAAUAGCGAAACUAAUGGCAAAUUGUUGGCGUAUGAGAUCCCUGAAGAUUGGGAAAACGGUAUUUGGGUACGACAAGUGAUCGCUGAGGGCUUCAAACCUAACAGCCUUAUCACCGUAGAGGGCAUGGGAUCACCAGGCGUUGCGUUCACUAUUAACCCAGAUAGCAGCACCACAAGACGCAAACCGAUGAUCACCAUGGCAGGUGACGAUGACAGCAAUGUCUACAUCUUCGAAGCCGUGAAUGACAACGACGUCAACGACUGGCGAUACACUAAGACAUCGAUCUUCGUUUCUGAAAAGGGGACGGUGGGCUCCAUGUCCUUUGGUGACGUCACAGGUGACGGUCUGGCGGAGAUCUUUGUCCCAGCGUACUCAGACGGUCAGCUGCAUGUGCUGACCUUUGAACCCUAAACCCUAAAGGCUCGUUCGGAUAUGUAGAGGUCAACCGCGGUGUUUUGUUUUUGUUUUGUUUACAGCGUGUAAGCGAACGGCAAAUGCGCGCAACAAAGUUCCACUUACGUCAUCAAGAAC